AUGCUGCGACUCGGCUCGCCGCUGUCCACGUCAGUCAGUAGCCUGCGCAGCUCGUCCCCGUUGCGGCGAUCCUCUGUGCCGGGAUCGCCGAGUGUACUCUCCAAGGCCAAGAGCUCGGGCGGUAAAGGCCGGCGGCGGUUCACGUGCUGGCGAUGCGUGGCGGCGGGGAUGCUGGGGCUCGUCGCGCUGCUGGCCGCGGAGCAGUUUAGCAGUCGCAGCCUGUUCCUCGACUUUAGUACGCUCGACAAACUCGCCGAGAAGUCGUUGCAGGGCGCGGAAGGCGGCGGAGCGGAAGGAGACCCCCGUCUGCUGGAGGGGCGGGGAUCGGGCGGAGCCUUGCGGAUGCGCCUACAGGAGCAGCGAGGCGGAUGGGGCAAUGGGGGGAUGGGCAUAGGCGGAUUUGCCGGGGGAGGGAUGCAGGGAGGAUUCGGAGGGGUACAGAGUGGUGGAGAUUGGAAAGCGCGGAUGGCAACGCAGCAGCAGGGAGGGAUGAACUCGCAGGGAGGUCUAAUGGGGGGAGCACAAGAUGCGAGGUGGCAGGAUGGACGGCAAGCGCAGGGGCGGAUGCGCGCCGAUGGGCAGGGCUUCGAGCAGGACAGACAGCAGCAGGAGCAACAGCAGCAGGUGCUGCCGCAGCAGGAGAUGCAGAUGCAGGUGCCGCUUCAGCAGCAGCAACAGCUGCAGCAGCAGCGAGGAGGGGAGGAGGCGGCGGGCGAGGAGGGGGCGGUGGAGGAGAAUUGCGACGAGUGCAGGGCGGAGGUCACCAGACUGCUGGGCCUCUAUGGACCAUAUUCACAGCGCAGGGCACAGAUGUACGGCGCCCGCCGUCGCCUGCUCGCUCUGCCGCACGCCCUUACCGCUUGCCUUCCUCCACACAUCAUCGCCAACCUCUCCCUCCUCCUGACCGCCUCGCAACCCCUAAAAUCACCCAAUGGCCCUUCGUUGGAGGCACCUGGUCAGGAUGAGUCAGCAGACCGUGAUGGUGAUGUGCCAGCGAGCAGGGGCAGACGUGGUGAGCACGGUCACUUGAGAACGGCACAAGGGACGGACGCGAGGAGACUGGAAAGCCGUUGGAGGAUUAGAGACAUGGAGGAGGGUGGGAGCAGGGAGAGUGGCGCAGUGGUAGCACUGGGUGCAGAUGGGCAUGAAAGGGAUUCGUGGAGUGCAGGGGGGGAGCUGACGGCGAGAGAGAGGAGAGAGGAUGAAUCUUCGUUAGGAUUGGGCGGAACAAGAUUGUUGGGGCGGAUGGUUGGGGAAGAGGAAGGGGAAGACGCGGAUUGGAUGGAGGAAGGGGCAGAUGGUGGGCGCGGGGAUGGGGAGGGCGCAGGGAUGGCAGGGGGAGGGCGGCGAUUACUGAAGGCGUCCCCAGUGGAUGUGCUACAGGCGAAGCUGGUGACGGUGCAGAGCGACAUUGAUGACCUCAAGGCCAAGAUCGACAGCGUCAAGGCGAGUUUGGAGGAGCAGGCGCAGGCAAUGCAGAGAGUGAAGGACUUUCUUUACGACCAGGGCGACUGGGCUCCCAAGCUGCUCACUGAAAAGGCGCACAACCGUACUGUGAGCAUGUUGGAGCAGCAGUGCGUGCUGGCGCUCAAGGACAAGGCGGGCAACGCUGUCAAGCAGGCCAACAUGCCGCCACAACGCCCCACCUCCUGGAAGGGCUACUACUGUCAGGCGAGUCCAGCGGAGCUGGCCAAGUACCACAAGUACCGGCCGCACAGGCAGUGUCCGGACGACUGGUUCUUUGUGCAGGACCUGCUCUACGCCAAGGACUGCUUCCACCUCCCCAUCCGCAACUGCUUUGCCCGCGCUCCCACCAACCCCUCCGAGCCGCUGCCAUUCCCACAAUCGCUGUUUGACCAGCGCGCGCUCAAGGACGAGAACGUGCGGUGGGGCAGCCACCACUGCAAGUCCUUUGCGUGCCUCAACGCGCGUGCGCUGGGCGACUGUCGCAACUGCUUCAACCUCACGCUCGAGAGCUACCGCUGGCAGCGCGCCUACCGCGGCUCACAAACCAUGGCUGACGUCAUCAAGCUCAAACGAGGGGCGCUCAGGCUGGGUCUGGAUGCGGGUGGAGGAACGGGCAGCUUUGCAGCGCACAUGGCGCGGUACAAUGUGACAGUGCUGACCACGGCCAUGAACAGCGAGACAGUGAACGGCAACUAUGGCGGGCUGCCCUACAUGGAGACCAUUGCGCUCAGAGGUCUCAUCCCCCUCUUCGUGCCCCACAAGGCGCGGUUGCCGUUCUACGACAACACGUUGGACAUCAUUCACAGUGUGAACAGCGUCAAGUACCUGCCCAUCCUUGACUUCGAAGAGCUUGUCUUCGAGUGGGACCGCGUCCUGCGACCAGGUGGCAUAGUGUGGUUUGAGAUGUUCUACGCGCCGGUGGACGAGAUGCCCCUGUACGUGGCCGUCAUUGACCUGCUGCGGUACCGCCGCCUCAAGUGGGGCUUCUCCCCCAAGCCAGAGUCCGGCGAGCGCAAGGGCUUCCACCUCUACCUCAACGCCGUCAUUGAGAAACCCGCCCGCCCUGACCCGGGGAGUGCUGCUGCUCGUACUGCUGCUGGGACUGCUGGUGGUGGCGUAACUGCUGCUGCUGCUGCUGCUGCCGCUGGUGCAGCGAAGAAGGCUGCGGUUGCAAGCAGAAGAGGUGCUCAGGGAGGGAAAAGUGUUGCAACAACUGACAGAAGAAAGGGAGCGAGUAUUGGAGUCGUUGCCAAGGGAGGAAAUAAAGGGCCUGUGGUGGAGAAAGGGAGAGGGGGCAAGGGAGUCCCUGCUGUCCCAGCUGCAGCAGGUGGGAAAGGCAGGACCGGAGGUGCGCAGGGGAAGAAAGGCGGUGCCCCUGCCACUGCAGACGCGAUAGUAACUGACGCCGUCAUGUCGCGAUCAGGCCGCAAGUCCCUCUGGCACCUCUUCCGGGCGGCGCUCUUUCCGCCCAAGGGCCGUCCGCGCAAGGCUUCUCGUCUGCCGGACCGCCCCUCGUCCCCGCAUGCAAGCGACAGCAGUGUUACUAGGGCUUCUCCUUCGCACCGCGCCGCAGCGGGAGGCGCAGGGUGCGGCGCGGGAGAGGAUGGGGGCGGCGCGGCGGGCAACAUGGCGGCGGAGGUGCAGCUGGCGGUGGGCGGCAUGGCGUGCGCGGCGUGCGCGGCGUCCAUCGAGAAGGCGCUGAUGCGCGUUGACGGCGUGUCGCGGGCCGUGGUGUCCGUUGUUAACGGGCGCGCGCGAGUGACGUUCAACAACAUGAAGACUAACGCGGACGACAUCGCGGCAGCGGUGGAGGAUGCGGGGUUUGAGGUCACCGCCAUGGACGAUCCGCUCUCCGCUGCCGCCGCCCUUCACCCCGUGGGGGGGGCGCGCCCCUGCCGCCUGCGCAUCCCCGACCUGCUGCUCGUCAGCUCCGCCGGCUCGCUGGAGGAAAUGUUACAGGGCCAUGCGGGCGUGUUAUCCGCGAUCGUCUCUCUCUCUACGGCCGAGGCGCACGUCGUCCUCGAUUCCACCGCGCUCUCCCCCGCCGAUCUCCUCGCCGCCGUGCACCACGCGGGCUUCCCCUCCGCGCAUCUCAUCGACGACUCCGCCGCUUCCGCCGACGCGCCCCAGGCGCACACUCUUCGCUACCGCCUCCACGGCCUCGCCGCCGCCGCUGCCUCCGCACUGCCCGUGCGAUCCCCCGCGGGCGGGAACGGAUCCCCGCGCGGAAGCGCAACUGGUUCCGCGCGCGCGGCACCGCUUCCGCUGCCCGCGCGCAUAGAGGCGGUGCUGUGCGCGCUGCCGGGAGUGUCGGCCGCGGCAGUGCACGCGGAGAGCGAGACGGCCGCAGUGACGUUCGACCCCGACCGCACGGGCGCGCGCGACAUUCUCGAGGCGCUGCAGGCGGAAGUGGCGGGGGUGGGCGGGGUGGCGAAGGUGGAGCUGGCGGAGAGCGAGGGAGGCGGGGUAGGAGGGAGCGCGGGCGCGAAGGAGCGGGAGCAGGAGGUGCGGAAGUUGUGGCGGCAGUUCGUGUGGAGCCUGGUGUUCACGGUGCCCGUGUUCCUGCUCGCCAUGGUGCUCAACCACAUCCCGCCCUUCGACGCCUGGCUCAUGACUCCCGUCAUCAACUCGCUGCCCAUCGGCAUGCUGCUGCGCGGGCUGCUCACAGCACCAGUGCAGUUCGUGGUGGGGUGGCGCUUCUACACGGGCGCAUUCUAUGCUCUAAGGCGGCGAGCGGCGAACAUGGACGUGCUGGUGGCCAUGGGCACCAACGCUGCCUUCUUCUACUCCUCCUUCGCCCUCAUCGCCUCCGCCGCCACGCCCCUCCCCUCCCCCUCCCCCUCCCCCGCCGGCUCCGCCGGGGCGCCUCCCAGCGCCGCCACCGCCGCCGCCACUAGUGGCGGUGGUGCGGUAGCGCAUGUGGCGCGCAUGAUUAUGGAGGGCAUGGAGGGGGGCGGGGAGGCGUCUGCAUCCGCGUCCGUGUCGGCAUACGCGGGGGUGGAUUUCUUUGAGACGAGCGCGAUGCUGAUCUCGUUCAUCGUGCUGGGCAAGUACCUGGAGGCCGUGGCGCGCGGGCGCACCAGCGACGCCAUCGGCAAGCUGCUCAACCUCGCCCCCGCCACCGCCGUGCUGCUCUCCGUGGACACCAGCUCACAGGGGGGAGCGGAGCGCGCGGAGCAGGGGAGCGCCGCGGGAGGAGGCGAGGGGAAUGGGGAGGGGGAGGAAGAGCAGUUGAUUGGUGAGACGGGGGAGGGGAUGCGCGUGGUGGGGGAGCGGGAGAUAGAGGCGGCGCUGAUUCAGCGUGGGGACAUCAUCCGUGUGGCACCAGGAGGCAAGAUGCCGGUGGAUGGCGUGGUGGUGUGGGGACACACUUACGCCAACGAGAGCAUGGUCACGGGGGAGGCACGCCCCGUGCUCAAGGAGGUGGGCAGCGCUGUCAUCGGUGGCACGCUCAACCUGGGCGGCAGUGUGCACGUGCGUGCCACACGCGUCGGCGGCGAGACGGCGCUGGCGCAGAUCGUGAAGCUGGUGGAGGCGGCGCAGAUGGCCAAGGCGCCCAUCCAACGCGUGGCAGACCAGAUCUCAGCCGUCUUUGUGCCCACUGUCGUGCUGCUGGCACUGGUGGUCUUCCUAGCAUGGCUCAUCACGGGCUACCUCGGCACCUACCCCGCGUCCUGGCUACCAACGGGCAUGACGCCAUUCGAGCUGGCACUGCAGUUCGGCAUCGCAGUGCUGGUCAUCGCAUGCCCGUGCGCGCUGGGUCUUGCCACGCCCACAGCGGUCAUGGUGGCCACGGGGGUGGGCGCGCAGCAGGGCAUUCUGAUCAAGGGUGCGGAUGCACUGGAGAGGGCGCACAAGAUAGAGGCGGUGGUGUUUGACAAGACCGGCACGCUCACACAGGGCAAGCCCAGCGUCACCGCCACGGCUCUCUUCACCUCGCGCCUCGCCAUGCCCGACCUCCUCGCGCUGCUCGCUGCUGCUGAGGCGAACAGCGAGCACCCCUUGGCCAAGGCUAUCGCCGACUACUGCAUGCACUCGCCCCUCCUCCCCUCCUUGCUCCCAUCCCUCUCCCACAUCCCACUCCCGCCCCUCCCCCUCCCCCCUUCUGCCUCUGCCUCCUCCUCCACCUCCUCCUUUAGCAAAGCUCCACCCUCGCUUCCUCUUUCCCCACCUCCCUCGCCUCCCUCGUCCCCUCCUCCUCUCCUCCCUCUCUCUCAUCCUGGCACCGCAGUCGAGCUAUGCAGCUUCUCCUCUGGCCCUUCAACUGCUGCCCCUGCUCACAAUGUUACCAACGGCAGCAGCAGCAGCAACAGAGGAGGUCUUUCAUCUCUCCCUCCAGUCGACUCCUUCCACUCCAUCCCAGGCCAUGGAAUCAUCUGUCAAAUCAGCGGUCGCCACGUGGCAGUGGGCAAUUUGAAGCUGAUGCGAGGCCCACCCACCAUCGACCCCUCAUCCGAGCCUUCCCCCACUGCACUCCCCUGCACAACUCCACUGCCCGUGCCAGCACGAGCAGAGCAGUGGCUGGAGGAGGUGCAGGCAGACGCACAGACGGGCGUGCUAGUGGCACUGGACGGCGAGGUGGUAGCAGGCGUGGCAGUAUCAGACCCUGUGAAGCCCGAGGCAGCGCCCGUGGUGGCCUUGCUCAAGGCCAUGGGCAUGCACCCCGUGCUUGUCACUGGGGACAACUGGGGCGCCGCCAGGGCCGUGGCGCGCGCAGUGGGGAUAGCAGACAGCGACGUGGUGGCAGAGGCGGUGCCACAGCACAAGGCGGAGUAUGUGCGGCAGAGGCAGGCGGAGGGGCAGCAGGUGGCCAUGGUGGGCGAUGGGGUGAAUGACUCCCCGGCGCUGGUAGCGGCGGAUGUGGGCAUGGCCAUAGGUGCCGGCACGGAUAUUGCGAUAGAAGCAGCUGACGUGGUGCUCAUGCGGUCGUCGCUGGAGGAUGUGAUCACAGCCGUUCAUCUGGCACGCACUGCGCUAACUCGCAUCCGGCUGAAUUAUGUGUGGGCGUUGGGGUACAACGUGCUGGGCAUCCCCAUUGCUGCUGGGGUGCUCUUCCCCACGCCCCUGCACUUCCGCCUGCCUCCCUGGAUCGCCGGUGCUGCCAUGGCCCUGUCGUCUGUGAGCGUGGUGUGCUCGUCCCUGCUCUUGCGCCGCUACAAGCGCCCGGCUAAGCUCGAUCUCAUAGCACUGCAGGUGCAGGGAUGA